CUUCCGUGUCCAGCUCGUGCUGGACCGUCGUAAUUGCUGUUUUCUUGUAUGGGCCUCCACUAGCCCAUGUAACCGAGCCCACGCCUAGCAUUUCCUAAGCCCGAGCGCCAUGCUUCCGUUCCGGCAACGCAACCCACCGGAGGAAUUCUCAUCUGGAGGAGAAGGAAACUCGUCCGCCCCCAAAUCGACGACGGGCACCAGAUGCGGCCGCCGUCGCCGCCGCGGCCGCUGGCCUUCCCGACGCUAGACUCGCUCGCGGCGUACCUCCGGCCGCGCCUCCCGGGCCCGGCGCUCGCCUCCUGGGGAUCCGCGCCGGGGACCAAGAACCUGCUCAACCUCUUCCUGGAGCUCUCCUGCGGCGACUGCACGCUCCUGCCCGCGGCCUCCUCCCCACCGGCCCUCGUCGUGCGCGCCGUCCACGUCGCCACCGUGCGCAUCCGCAAUCGCCGGGGCGCGCUCCUCGUGGAGACCCGCCAGCUGCUCUCCGACGGCACGCUCCGCCGCCGGGCCGCGCGGCCGCUCUCCGAGAAGAUGCGCCCCGGGGAGACCCCCGAGGCCGCCGCGGCCCGCGCCGUCGUCGAGGAGCUCGGCGAGCGCGCCCGCGUCCGGAUCGUGGGGGCGGUCCCGGAGCCGCGCGUGGAGGAGCGGGAGUCCGUCUCGUACCCAGGACUCCCCGCCAGGUACGUGCUGCACGCGGUGGACGCGGAGCUCGUGGAGGGCGUCCCGGAGGAGGGCGAGUUCGACACGGAGGAGGGCGGCGAGGGCGAGGGCCACGACGGCGGCGGCGCGGCCAUCACCGUGAAGCGGCACUACUGGUCGUGGGUCGACGACGACGAGGCCCGCGGCGAGGCCGCCCCGGCCGCCGUCGCCGGUGCGCAGUAGAAAUAAAUAUAUGCUGUUAUCAUCUUGUGUUUGUGUUUGGGACUGCAGUGUUCAUAGUACGGCGGCCCUUUUUGCAACCCGCACAGUUCGUCACUCUCUCUCUCUCUCUCUCUCUGCGCCGCAGGGACGUCGAAGUGUUUCUUCCGCGCUCGGGUCUGUUUGUUUGAGCUUCGAGGCCAGAUUCAGCUUGGCCGGUGAAGCCGAAUCUGAAAGCUGAAACAAUCUAUUAACAUUCAGGCUAUUUUGAAUGCAAUUGUCCGAGACAUCUUUGGGUGUCUGCGUACACAAGUUGCGCGGAAGGAAUUUAGCCUGUUGGAUUGCCUGCAUUCAUCGUCGGGUCUGCAUUGCAUGAAGUUUAGAACAUCUCUGGGUCUGGUUCCCAGAGAAUGCUCGAUUUGGCAGUUUUUCACAAGCUAGGCCUGGGCUCGAUGCUAUCGAGCGCACGUGGGUGACUCUCCCCCGGUGCGGUUACGUGGGCUCCUUCAUUCUGGGUACACCUCGUACGUGAGUUUGCACGUUUUCUA